AUGGCAUCCGCUCAAAUUCAUGCCACGCCGCAGGCGGUGAUGGGACAUGUCCAGAAGCUCAGCGACAACGAUCCUGAUUUCCGAUUCAUGGCCUUGAACGACCUGUUGCAGCUCCUAAACCAUGCCAAGCCCGAUUUCCUUCAGAAUGACUACAACAUUGCGGCUCGGACUGUUGAUAGUAUCAUCAAGACGCUCGAUGAUCAGAAUGGAGAAGUCCAGAACCUUGCUGUUAAGUGUUUGGGUCCCUUUGUGGGCAAAGUCCCUACCCCCGUUAUUGCGCCCAUGAUAGAGAAGCUCUCAUCACUGAAGCUUAAGAACUCGGUGGAUAAUGCUGUGCCUUCGAUGGCUUUGCGAAACGUUAUUAUCGCUCUCCCUCGCCCCGUGCCAGGCAUCCCUCCGGCCGCAGACGUCCGAGAAGCCUACAGUGCUAUCAGCCGCGUACUGAUUCCCCGUCUUAUUGGCCCCGGACCCAAAACACAGGUUCCCAAGAACCCCAAGAUCCCCCUUCCCGCUGUCCCCGAGGGACUUCUACAAAAUGAGGGCGACCUCAACGCUGAAGCAGUCGAUGUGCUAAUCGAGGUUGUUCGAUGUUUUGGACCUAUGCUUGUACAGGUCGAAGUUGAGGCCAUGCAAGAGGUAGUCAUCCAACUUUUGGAAAGCGAGAAGGGAACAUCGGUCGUCAAGAAGAGGGCCGUAGUAGCGAUCUCUAUGCUUGCCGUAUACCUCUCAGAUGAGCAUUUGCAGGAAGUUGUCAGACGUAUCACGAACGGCCUAUCGAAGCAAUGCAGCCCUGUAACAAGAAGGUUGUACAUCUCUAUUCUCGGAAGUAUGGCAAGAUCCAUCCCUUCUAGAUUCGGACCUCACCUCGCCGAUACCGCACCUCUGGUGCUCAAGGCGCUCGGCGAAGAAGAGCUUGAGGAGCAUCUCGAGGCACUCAGCGAUGGAGAUGACCUUGGCCAAGACUUCAACGAAAUCCGCGAGGCUGCUCUUGUAGCCCUCGAAGCUUUCUUGGCAUCGUGCCCACAAGAAAUGCGACCAUUCACAGACCAAACAAUAGAGGCAUGCCUCCGAUUCCUCAAGUACGACCCUAAUUACAAUGUCGACGAUGAGGAUGAGGAUAUGGAAGAUGAAGAGGAUGAUGACGAAAUAGAUGAUGAUGACGAAUUCGAUGACGAUGGUUUUGAAGAUGACGACGACGACGCCAGCUGGAAGGUUCGACGAUGCGCCGCAAAGACUAUUUACAUCCUUAUCUCAACACGCGGAAGUGGCGACCUUCUCGAGAACGGUGUCCUUUAUAACCAAACCGCCCCGUCUCUCAUUAAGCGUAUCGCAGAGAGAGAAGAGAACGUUCGUUUGGAGGUUAUUUCAGCACUUUCUCUCCUCGUUCGUAAGACAGGUGAGGGACUUCACACACCCGAUCCUUCACUCGAGGAUUUCGAGCCAGAAUCCGAAUCUCGUAUCCCAAUUAGCAGAAAGCGAAGACGUCAAAGUAGUGGUGGUGGCGCCACAGCUUCUCAGUUCAUGUCAGGUUCUGGCCUUGUUUCACCUGUCCAAGAGAAGAUUCCCCUUAGUGGCCCACGAGCUGACUUGGCUCGCCUGACUCCUUCCAUCAUCAAGGUGAUUACCAAACAACUCAAGGGCAAGACGAUUCCCACCAAGCAGGCAGUCAUUAGUCUUCUCAAUGACAUAGUGUCUGUUCAGCAUGGAGGAUUGGCCGAGUAUUUGGAUCAAGUCAUCGGACCUAUAAUCGACGCCAUCCAGCCCAGUGGUUCUACUCAUGUUUCGGCCAAUCUGUCUUCACACGCCGGUUCAUCUUCCGCAACCCCCAGUACGCUAAGGAUCACAGCACUGGGCGUAAUCAGCGACAUCGCCAAGACUCAUUCAUCUACCAUUCUGCAGCCUUAUCUCACUAAGAUUGUUGAUGGCGUUACUUCUGCAGCCAAUAACAGAUAUUACAAGAUCUCAAGCGAAGCGAUUCGCACUGUUGAGGAGCUCGUCAAGACCAUCACUCCACCGCGAUCCCGAAACGUUGCUUCCAAGUACAAAUCCGAGCUGGACAAGCUUUACACUGUCAUUCUGGACCGUUCAUCUGCCCAAGAUGCUGACGCCGAGGUUCGCCAACGCGCCAUCCAUGCUCUCGGUGUUUUGAUCUCCAGAACUUCAACUUCAGAAGGGUCUUCUCUACUGUCUCAGGACAAGGUCAAAGCCGCGCUGGAUAUACUCCAAGAACGACUCAGGAACGAGACCACUCGCUUGGCUGCAGUUCGAGCGGUCGAAAACGUAGCCCGAUUUGCGAAAUCACCUGGCCAACUUGAGAAGCAGUGGAUUCAAGAUGUUGCUUUGGAGCUCUCUGCACAAUUGCGUAAGGCGAACCGUUCCCUACGUGGCUCAAGUAUCAUCGCUCUUCGAAAUCUCGCGCUGUCACCCGCUACCAAAGGUCAGCUCGAGCCAGACACUAUUCAGGGAAUUGUCGCCGAUUUGAUGCCGGUCAUCACCAACAGCGACACACAUCUACUUGGACCAACACUGAUUAUCCUCGCCAAGUUGGUGCCUGAACAUCCAGAACUCGUGGUCACUAACGAGAUGAUCACUGCGCUCUCGGACCUCCUUAAGCAGCAUUAUGCAGGCAUUGUCCUUGAUCAGCUACUCCUCUUUGUCAGUAGUAUUGGAGAGAAUGCUGCGGGCCAAGGUCUCAUGCAAGGAUUGCUCAAGGAUGUCAGUGUGGCAGGAGACUCCCCAGUCGUCGGUAAAGUGAUAGGAACCUUGCUUGUUACGGGCGGCGAGUCAGUUGGUGUCAAGAUGGACAGCUUCGUCACAGAGUUGUACACGAGUGCCAAGAGUGGCGAUGAAGCCAGAGUUAGCCUCGCUCUCGCUGUUUUGGGCGAAGCUGGAAAGAGACUCGGAACUAGUUCGACUCUCAAGCCGGAUCUCUUUCUGGAUCAAUUCCACGAUGAACCGGACAAGGUGUCACUUUCCGCUGCUGUCGCUCUUGGCCAGGCAGGUUCUGGCAAUGUUCCCGAAUUUCUGCCCGUCAUUUUGAAGACCAUGCAAAAGGGCGGCAAUACCCAGUACCUCCUCAUCCAAUCAAUCAAGGAGAUCCUCCAAGCAAUCUCGGCACAGUCUACAGACCUACGGAACUAUGCCCCGACUAUAUGGGAUGAGCUUCUCAAAGCCUCAGAUAAUGCCGACAACAAGGUCGUUUGUGCCGAGUGUGUCGGGAGACUUGUCACUCUCGACCCUGCUGUAUUUGUUCCUCGUCUUCAGGCUCUUUUGGAGGACAAGUCACUUGGAAUUCGAGGAAUGGCUGUCCAAGCUGUUCGGUACACUCUACCCGAAAGUGACGAAGUAUUGGAUGCCAUGCUCCGAGAUGUCCUCAUUUCGAUGCUCCUGACUAUCCUUCAGGACUCCGAUAUGGACAUUCGUCGAUUGGCAAUGACAACACUUACCACAGCUGCUCGAACUAAGCCUGAUAUGAUUCUUCCACACUUGGGCAAACUAAUGCCAUAUGUGUUGCAGGAGUCAGUGAUCAAGAAGGAACUUGUGAGAGAAGUCAUGAUGGGACCUUUCAAGCAUACCGUUGAUGACGGCCUUGAGGUUCGAAAGAGCGCAUAUGAGACCUUGUAUGCUCUAAUGGAGACUGCUUUCAGUCGCAUUAACAAUAUCGACUUUUAUGACCGUGUUGUGGCAGGUCUCAAGGACGACAAUGAUAUUCGUCAGCUUUGUAACCUCAUGGUGACCAAGCUGAUUGCCAUCGACCCCGACGAGACCACACGCCGACUGAACUCGAUUGCAGAGGCUUAUCGAACUGUUCUGUCAGUCAAGCUGAAGGAUAACGCUGUGAAGCAAGACGUAGAGAAACAGGAAGAGGCCAACAAGAGCAUCUUGAGAGUGACACUGCUAUUGGGCGAAAAGAUGAAGGCCACGACUGGGAACGCUGGUGCUGCUACUAGUAAUGCUGGUGCCGCCAGCACCUGGACUGGAUACUGGGAAUGGGCGAACAAGGAAUUCGAGAAGCAGCUCAAGGGACUUCGUGAGGAGAACAGCCAACUUCAAACCCGCAUGGUUUAG